AUGGAAAUUUUAACUACAUCUAACCAAAUCAAUGAAUGUAAGAAUAAUGAGACGAUAAAAGGAACAAAAUAAUUUCGCUCUAAAAACUCCUAACAAGAUAAUUAAAAAGAAAAAUCCUAGCCUGAAUGCAAAAAAGAUUCAGAAGGAACUAAUUAAGGGAAUGUAUCAAGUUUAGUAUAAAUUAAUAGAGUAAGGCAAUAUAAAAAAAAAAGAGCGAUGAGUGUGAUGCUAAUACAAUUAUAAAAAACAUAGUAUGUUUAUCUUUAAGUAUUGUUAAUGAAGAACUUUAAUUUAAUUGUUAAUAACAGAUUUAGUAAGAAUAAAUUUCUGAACAUCGUAAAGUUUUAUAAAUUUGUGAUUAAGGCGAUAUUGACUCGUUUUAAUUACCCCCAACAGACUAAUAAUUUCCUUAAUAAAAAUAAAAAUCUCAUAAAAAAGCAAAGAAUAGAAAGAAUAAAACAGAUCCCUAGUCAAGAAUAUCAAAAAAUUAAACACUCACAUAAAAAUAAUAGCCUCAAUAACCUCCAAUUCAAUAGCAAUCUAAAGAAAAACAAAUGAAUUAACUUUCUCCUUAAGAGUCUAAUAAAAUAAAACAGUAGAUAGCAUAGUAGAAGACAAGAAAACAGCCUAGUAUCACUUAGAUAGAAAAGUGCGAAUAGGAAAAUAAAAAAGAUUCUGCUGACUUUGAUGCUUAAUUUAGUCAUGUACUUUAUUAAUAGUAUUUUAGAUUGGAGCAAGAAGCACAACUGCUGGAAAUUCUUAAUCUGAAUCAGAUGAUUGUUUUUAAUAAUCAGAUGAAAAUAAAUAAAGUGCUUAAAAAUUAUCAAGCAGAGAUAAACCAAAGAAAAAAAGCUAUAAUAAUAAUGGAGAAAAAGUUGGUGAUAAAUAAUAUCCUCAUUCCACAUAAACAACACCAAUUAAAAGAAAAAAGUUAAAUUUAACAAAAUCCAAAACCCACGAUAUUGAUGAAUUGUCAAAUACUAUUCUAUAAAAAAGCUAUCAAAAUAGAAUCAGAAAAUAAAUUUGCUUGAAUAGACUUAAUUAUCUUAUCUAUACUAAUUUCCAUCUCAAUAUGUAUCCUUAUGGAUCCUUCGAAACUGGAUUAGAUUUAGAAAUAAGUGAUGUAGAUGUUGGUGUUUGGGGAUCUUAAAACUUAAGCUAUGCUUAGAUAGUAAGUUUCUUAUAACUUUUAAAUAAUACCUUAAAGCAGACACCCUUUUUAAUUAAAUCAAAGUAAGAAAUAUAAUUAUAACAAUUUAGAUUGAUUCAAGGCCAAAUGCCAAUAUUGAAAUUAGAAUUAAAUCCAAAAUCAAGUUUUUAUGAUGAAGAUUUACACAUUCAAUAGAACUGGUCGUAUUUUCAUUUAGAUCAAAAUGAUUAAGGUAUAAUUAUAAUAGUAAUACUUUAGGAAGAACUAUUUAGGUGGAUAUGACUUGGAUUUAUUAAUCGAGUAAUGUAUAUAAUAAUCCUCAUUUGGGAUUUGCCUCAACAACUAUUGUUAAAGAUUGGAUUAAUAGAUUUGUUUGGUAUAGAGAUAUUAUGUUAAUUCUAAAACAUUUAGUUAAAUCGAAAAAUUUAAAUGAUGCACACACAGGUAUUAAAUUCAUAUCUAUUUUAAUAGGUGGAAUAAGCUCCUUUUGUUUAUCAAUAAUGUUAGCUGCAAUCUAUAUGUGUAAGCAUUACACUCAAAAUGAUAAGAAAUAAAUUCUUCUUGACUUUUUAAAGAAGUAUGGUACUCAAUUCGAUCCAUUAAAAGAGGGCAUUUACAUUGACAGUUAUGGGUAUGCUAUAAGUCUAAAUUAGUUAACAACAUCCAUUUAUAGCUUUGGAAGAAUGUCCUCCUUAUAAUCCUCUCACAAUUUAUUCACCUAUCAAUUAUUAAAUAAUUUCUCAAAAAGCUCAUAGAUUUUUAGAAAUCUAAGAAGAAUUUAAAUAGUUCUAUGAACACUUGACUAAAUCUAACAAAAUUUAAGAAUACUUUGAUUUCCCUUAAUAAGUGAAUUAACCAUUAUUUAUAUGA